CACGCGUUGCUCGGGCCCGCAGUCCUGAGAGGAGCGUAGAGGCGGUCGCAGCUCGGUGUCCCGCUGGCAGUGGUGCGCGUUCGGUGGCCUAAGCAAAGGGUCCAGUCAGCGGUAGCAGCGUGUCUUUGGCCGAGAAGGACUCCGAGGACCGAGGAGCCGAGACGACGUGCGACAGGAGAGUCGGCGCUCGAAGGAGGUGAAACAGCGCCAUCUGCGCGCUCCGUGCGUCCGUGGAUCGAGAAAUAGGACCGUCGAGGUGCCGAGGGACUCGCGGGGAUCAAGUGGCCGCGAUCGCGAUCUCGUCUCGCAGUGUCUGAGAGGAGCCGAUGAGGCUCGCGAGAACAUCGGAGACGACGGCUCGCGUGGCUGACGCCUGCGGCCGCGCCUCUGGAUUCCAGCAGCGCCGACACGCCGCUCGGCGGGCCCCUUGAAUUCCGUUUCUCCGAGCCCGAGUCCUCGCGAGACCUCUCGGGCGUGUUCGUGUGCGGGUUCGGAGUGUGCCGGGUGUGUACCUGUCGGUCCCGUGGUGCACGUGGAGGUGAGGGGCGACCGGGCGGACGACGACGCCACUGCGCGCACCGCAUACCUCAGGAGGAGACCUGGGCCUGUCGGCGGCCGGAGUGGGGGAAGCGGGCCCCGGAGAACGUCGCCCGAGAAAGAGCGAGAAAGAGCGAGGCUAGGGAGGGUAGAGGGAGACGACCGGAGGAAAGAACCCGACCCGCGAGCGCCUAGCGAGCCAGCGAACGGAGAGGGGAGCGCGGGGCAGAGAGGCGACUCGGCUCCGAGGAGGAGGGGUAAGGCCCGUCAGAAGGCGGCCAUAAUGGCCUGACGCCGAUCUCGGGCGAGUGGCGGCUACAGCUGCUGCGAAAUAGAGCCGAGAGCGGCUCUCCUCGACGUCCACGCACGCGUAUUUUGCAACGUCCGACUGGAAAGUGACUGCGUAAUCGCGAGUGAAGUGAAUUCACCGGGUCUCUGGCUGGCCUGUCGCCUGUCGCGUCCGCCUCGUGCGCGCUUCCCUUCGUCUGCUUCGUGUUCGAUGCGUCUGGUGUUGUCCCGCCGGCUGAUUCGAGCUGUUUCCGGAUCGCGUUCCGUCGAGCCUUCGUCGUCGCCCGGGAGCCUGUGCCCCGUCGCACAUCGGGUCUGAAUCCGCCGGGAAGAUGAGGGGCGCCAAUCAGGACACGGCGACGCCGUACUGUCGCUGCAGGGUCCUCUACCUGGGCAGCUCGGUGCCGCACGCGAGCAAAGAGGGCCUCCUGGGUGUCCAGGAACCGUUGAGGGAGCUGUACCCCGAGCAGGGCGCCCUGGGUGCCCGCGGCAUCGACUCCUGGCUCAGCGUCUGGAGCAACGGCCUGCUGCUGGAGAACGUGGACGAGCAUCGCAAGAAGGUGACCAGAUUCUUCCCGAUCGAGGCGCUCCACUAUUGCGCCGCGGUCAGGCACGUGAAAGGCGGAAGCGGGGACUCGUCGAACACGAGGUUCCUGCCCCUGGACUCCCCGUUCGCCAGGACCCCGAGCGCGAACCAUCCGCCUCUGUUCGCCGCCGUGCUGCGACGCACCACCGGCAUCAAGGUGCUCGAGUGUCACGCGUUCAUCUGCAAGAGAGACAUGGCGGCCAACGCCCUGGUCAGGUGUUGCUUCCACGCGUACGCCGACAGCAGCUACGCGAAGGGCCUCGACCCGUCCGCGGCCACCACCAACGGCGUCACGAACAGCCAUCCGUCGAACAACAGCCUCUACCACACCUUGGGAGGCUCCAGCACCACCCUGGACAGCCCUCAGGCGAACCGUCUGGACACGACCUCGACGGACGACCUGAGCCUCUACAACGGCGACGAGAACCACAAGGUCUGGGCCCGGGGCCGCGACGAAGUGGACGGUCUCUACCAGGAGCAGGGCACCCUGAGGAGCACCAAGGGCUCCAGGCCGCGUCAGCUGAUCGCGCCGCCCCCUCCGCCGCCGCCACCGCCGCCGCCUUCGCAGCCGUUGCUUCUGGAGGAGUCGUCGUCCUCCUCGGUUCGCAGGAAAGCGAACAAGAAGCUGAAGAAGCUCAAGAACAGGAGCUCCCACGAGGACCCGCUGCAGCAGCCGCACCUUCACCCGCAGUUCCAGCAGGGGAUCUACACGAACGGCCAUGGACACCACACCCUGGGGCACCCGGUCAGGCAGCAGCACUAUCACCCUCAUCCCCUGCCUCCUAGCAGCAGAUCCGUCGCAGGAACUCUGGCCAGACCGGCGCCCGUUCUGCUGGUGCCCGCCGCCACGCUGCCCAGGAAGGCUCACCAUCACCCGAGAGGACUCAGGCCGAUCCCAGCGGCUGCUCCCAUAGUCCCCGUGUACGCCCCGCUGCCGGUGGUGCCUCCGCCCCCGCCGGCAGCCGCCAUGUACCCCGCUGGCACCUACGGGACUGCCGGGAACAGGAGCAGAAGGCAGCAUCCCGACGCCGACACCUCGACUCUAGGUGCCUCCAGGAGGCUGGCCGCUUCUCACGCCGACUUGACCACCGCGGAGAUGAACCGCGCUGCCGGCGACAGUCCCGAGAACGAGUCCCGUUUCGGCACCGGGAUCUACCGGCGGAAGGGCCACCUGAACGAGCGGGCGUUCUCGUACAGCAUCCGCGCGGAGCACCGCAGCCGUAGCCACGGCAGCCUGGCCUCGCUGGGAUUCAGCGGCCAGAACGGCAACGCUCUGCCCAAAGAGGAGAAGAAGGACAGAGAGAUCGCGCAGCUGGUAGCCGGCCUCAGCCUCGACGACAGCCCGGAGAGAACGAUGCCCGCGGCCAACUCCAGGACCGGGUACUCUCAUCAUCAGCAGCCGCUGCCCAGGCCACGGCCUCGUUAACGCCAGCAUCGGGACGAGCGAACUGGGUGUCUCGGAUCUUCUCGACCCGCCGAAUCCAUCCAGGUGGAUCGCAGUGAACCGUCGUCGUCGUCGUCAUCGUCGUCGUUGUCGUUGUCGUCGUCGCCGGUUGUUCAUACUCUGUUCCGGUUGUCUCCCGAUCGACGGAGUCCCUCGGUUUCGCGGAACGAUUGACAGUGCGGACAGGGUUCCGACGAUUGUCCAGCUUGCGGUGACUAGGAGACAAGGACUCGGGAUCGAUGUACAUGUAGAUAAACUGGGUGAACAGGAGGUGCUCCCGGAGCGAGUCCGGGGCCCCGUUGGUUCGCGGUGUCCGCGUGGAAAAUCGCGUUGGGUGGCCUGGCCGCGUCCGCGACUGGUUCCCCGGUGGCUUUCGAUUCCCAGAACCAGCCGAGUAGGAAAAUCACUCGGGCAACAACCCGAUAUGGCACCCGGUCUCAUCCUCGCCGCCGGUUUCUAGCCGUGACCCCGUUACCGCGGACGCUAGCCCGAGCGAAUUCGAGGCCUGCAGGCGAGUUCAGCCCCUCGCGUCCACGCCGGAAUGGGAUUCCGAAGAUUCUACACUGUCCAGCCGUGUAACAAACAUGUUGAAACCGCUGGCAGGCAUCGGCGCGAGAGCUGAGCCGAGGCGGUAACGAGGAUCUAUGGACCCUAUUCACACCGGAGUCUUAUUUAUGAGAGCGUCUCGAGCAUGGUAUCAAGACGCCGUGUAAACCUCGCGGUCGGUUCUUCGGGCUUUUCUUGAGAACAAUCUCAUGGUCUGCUUUCGUUCGGCGGAUCUUAUCUGUGUUUGAUCGAUGAGCCGCGCGGAUUCUUAUGCGAAGGGAAAACUGUUGUUUUGUAUUAAUCACAAGAUGUAGGAGCCACGUAUCUCUUCGCUUAAUCGUUUUCGUAGAUCGAUGGCCGAGCGAUGGUAUUUUCUGAACUCUUUUUGUCACAGUUUUUCUUCUCGUUUUCCUAUUUUUGUCGUGAAAAUCGUAAAAUCCGCGGUUCUGCGAUUAAACUAGGUCGCGGCUUGAGACCAUGCCCUCGAGGCUCUCCGAUUAUAAACGAUUGAUUUCGAAAUAAUCGAUUAUAAACGAUGAAAUUCUGAAGAAGACUCCGCGAAUGCGGCUCCAAAGUUUCGAGUGGUUCCGAGGAGCUUCGCAGAUUCGGGGAUAAUUGUUUCGCUGAACGUCGUUCAGUGGCCGGGAAUAUUUCCAGAGAAAGUGUUCGGUUGUUCGACUUGAAAGCUCCGCUGGUCCAGUCAGCCUCACGAAUUCAGCAUUCAUUACCGACCGCGGUCGGGAAGAAUCGCGGAAACGAAAGCCGUCUUCCUGUUCUGGACGGCAGUCGGCUAAUUAGACUCGGAUUAUUGUCGCCCGGCCGCGGCCAAGGAGAUCGUUCUAAUGACCGGGGAGCUCGUUAGGAGACCCGAGCCACGACGAGAAAACGUGUCGCCGGGUUUUCCAGCCGUUUCGCUUCAUAUGGAGACGAACCUCGAACCUGUUGGAUCCGUCGAUCCCCUUCGAUCGUGAACGUUCACCGAGUGGCCGCGAUCCGCCAACACGAUUCCGCGCUCAUAAAAAUAUUGCCAGCCGGAGGAAUUAUCGGUCGAACGGAUCUCGGCGCAUGGGAAUUCGCAGGAAAGAACGCCUAAUGGCUUUUAUUCUUAUCGCGGCGGGCCUUCUAGUCGGGAGGAAACGUUUGCGCGAACACCCGCCAAUUACCGUUAACCAGUUAACGCGAAAUGUUGCCAUUUCUUCUUGGCGAAGCGUACUCGUCAAGAACAGCUAACGUCGACGAGGAGGAUAUACAUCCUUUGAUAUUCUUUAUUCAAUUGUAUAUUUUCGGGAACUGAUGUUUUCGAGCAAAAUGUCAAGGAGAUCAAUUCGCAGCAUAAUUAGAGACACUUGUAUACUUUUCGGAGAGAUUGCAACAGUUGAUUGAUUAAUUGAUUCGAUCUUCUUCAGUUAAAUAUAUUCUUUAUUCAUUCAUCUCUGCAAUUUUUCUACUUGGGGAAAAUAUUGCUCGAUCCCCCGUAUAAUAAUUGAAAAAGCGAAAUUGCUUGACUAAUUUCAUAAAAUCGGUGUAAUCGCUCGAUUUUUCUCUAUUUCUAUAUUUAUUAUAUUUAUUAGAGAAGCGUUGCGAUGCUAACUGGUUGAGAGGCGUUUUUUUGUUCAAUUAUGUAUUUUCUAAAAUUGUUGUAUUUAAACGGAGUAUGAAUCACAGUAUAAUCACAGUGUAAUCACAGGAUAAUUACAGUAUAAUUACAGUAAACUUGGACACUUUUGCAACAGCUAGCUGGUUAAGGGCGGAGUGAACCCUUGAAAAAAAGGAUGAUUAUCGACAAUGUUUUUGCAACGUAAAACAUUGGCGAAACUUUUCGUCGCCUUCCAUACAUAUUCUCUCAUAUCUCGAGAUAAUUCUUGUAAUUUUAAACUCGUUCGUAAUUCGACACGCAUUUUUUACUCGUCACAGAUUAUCGACGUUUACUGCAAUAAUAAUGAUCGUUCUCCACGAACGACGGCGUCGUUCCGCGUGUAAAUCCUGUUCCGAAGGAAGCAAAAAGAGGAGCGAUUUUUAUUCGAGUAAAAAUUUUUACGCGAUUGUCGUUAUUUUUGAGUUUUUGCAUUGUUCACGGAGAACCGGAUUAUUUACUGUUUCAGUUCGGAUAAAAAGUGACGACAAGAGUAUAUUUACGUAUCUUGAAAGCUCGAGGAAUACGUAUGGAAGUGUUUCACGUUCGAAAACAAUCGAAACCGUCCGCAGUUUAACGGUUCACUCGGACAAGUUAGCGCUCGCGAGAAACAGUCGCGCGGAAUCCACGAAACGGAAAUUGUGUCGCUUCCACUGGCUCCGACGGCUAAUUAAUUUUAGAGAGCAACGAUGUUUCCUGCCGCGGCUAAGAUGGCGGCGAUUUAAAUUCCUACCGAGAGAGCCUUCCAUCCCGUGAGAACGCCGGCAUUAAUCUUAAUUGCGUGGGAAGGAAAAAAUUACGCGACACGGGGAAGACCGGCGCGGGAUUAAAGCACAGAUUGUCCCGUGGGCCACUGGCCCCGUCGAAAGCGAGAGCAACGGAUCGUCGUUUCUCAACCGUCUUCGACGACAGGGUUGCAAAGAUCCGUUCGAUUUUCCAAAGAGUGCUCGAAUUUCAUUGGCAACGAGCUCGGUAAAAAUGUUUGAAAAAGUAUUGGAAAUAGCUGACGAAAUGCUCUCGUUCGUGUGAAACCAUGUUUCAAGAUUUAUUUGACGUCGUAGAGAUUAGUAUUGAAAAUAGUUAUUUGCGCUGUGGUAAAGAAAAUUAUUAAUUCAAAUAGUGUUUUGUUGAGAAGUACUGGAUGUGAUUAUUUGAUUUAGGAUCUUCUUAGGAUGUAGUGGAAAUAAUUAUUUGAACCAGUAUUUUCUUAGGGUGUACUGUAAAUGAUUAUUUAAAUCAGUAUUUUCGUAGGAUAUACCAUAAAUAAUUAUUUAAAAUCGUAUUUUCUUAAGAUGAACUGAAAAUAAUUUUUUUAAAUAGUAUUUUCUUAAAACGUACUGCAAAUCAUUAUUUCAAAUAAUAUUUUCUUAGGAUGUGCUGCAACUAACCUUUUAAAAUAGCAUUUCGUGUGUCCAAAUUUCCAUGAAUUAUUUGAAAUUCCAUUUCUUGCAAUUAAUAUCAACGAGAGAAAAUAAAAUAACAAAAUAAACCUGCAGAAAAGGAGAAAACACAUUUUGUUCGAUAAAAUAAGCUUUUUCUUAUAUUUUUCGACACUAAUGAACGUAAUUGGAACGUUUAACGUCCGAUUAACGGACCAGAGACUAAUUGACAGAGAAGCAACUUUAACGUUUCUAGCGAAUGUUUAAACAAAAGCUAAAGCUCGGUGAACGUCCACAAAAUCGAGACCUCUGUGAAACCUGUCGGCGAAUAAUUAAAACUUCUCAGGACCGGCUCCGGGCAGCCAUGUUUCUUUCCUUUCGAAAUCGAUCGCGGACUCGUUCUCUCAUGCAUCGGCGACUACUCAUUGCCAUCGUCGUGUAUGCAUACGCAAUUAGGCUUGAUUAUCAUCGAUUCGUGGUCGAUGUCAACCGGUCGCACGCGCCUCGUUUCGCAACUCCGGACAGAUUUCCUCGCCGAUGACUUAGCUCGUAAUUUCGACAAAUAAAAAAACGAUCUUUCAACCUCAACGAGUUCUCGUUCAAGUUAUUUGAACGGCUCGGAAGCCAAUCAGUACUAAGUUCAUUAAUUUUGUAGUCCGGAUAAGUAAAGAUUUUGCAGAUUAACUGUAAAGAAAUAUCAACGCCACUUACAACGCGAAGCACAAUUUUUAUUACAAUUAAGUAAAAAGAGAAUCGUUGAUAUCAAUACUUAAUUAUUUCAUUCAAUUUCUUGUACGUUCUCAUUUUCUUUUUAUAAAUAUUUUUAUUUCGUUUAGUCGUCCCGUAGUGAAUAUAGACGCGGCUGUCUAUUGUUUAUUCAUGAAGAAAUCGACAGAGGAGAUGUGUUUGCGCUGCGUAACUAAUUUUCAAAGAAACGCGAAUUUACGGCGAUUGGCUUCCGAACCGUCCAUUUAUCUCUCCCGUUCGGGAACUUUUCAGCAUUUCGAUCUCUCCAUAAAGUUGACUGUUCAUGAAUUAUUCAACGAGCACCGUAUCGACACCAAAUCACGCUGAAACGUGAACGUUCACAAUUUUUCCUUCGGGUUUUCGUUCAACGAGACGACAUUUACUCCGUUCGUUUCGCAGAGAACCCCGAGUCCCGAACUCACUGACACUUCGAGCCUCGCAAUAAACUUCGCCGCAACAGCCUCCGCGCAACAACGGCAUUCCAUUCGGCAGCCUCGUUACCUCCGAGUACCCGGUUAAUUGAGAUCACUGCAAUUUCCUUCGCGGAGGCCGCAAAAAACCGCGACGCAUGGAAAUCGCGUUAUUCAUGUUCCAUCGGUCGGCAGCGUGCAGUGUCGCUUCUGUUUCGUAACCGAGAGAGAGAGAGAGAGAGAGAGAAAGAGAGAGA